AACGGGUGAAGACACUAAAUUUCCAUACUAAAGAGGGAAAUGGAAUAUUUAGAGGAUUUAUUACUUUAUUACCCUGCAUACACAACAUUCGCAACAGAUAUAGAUUCAUGCAGCAGCAGCCGUAUCAGGAGAUAAGAUAAAAGCUGUUUGCUCAUGUUCUACUUUUCACAGAUCUCUUUAGAGAAAAAAAAUGAUGGAAUUUAUAGAAUAGAAUAUAGAAUCACGGGGGGGAAAUACUUAAAAAUAAUGGCAAAACAGAAUGCGCAUUGGGGCCGUGCAAUAGAUAAGCUAUAAAACUUAUAUUACCUAUAGUACUACUUUGGUGUGCCGCGGAGGUUAACAGUGACAUGGGGGUAUAGAUAUAGAAUCGUACAGCGUCAUAUCAAGGAGAUUAAGGGGAAAUGAUAACUAACACCCAACGAUUUGCUGAUUGAUAUAUCGAAAGAAGAAAUUGAAAACAAGAAGGGAUUUAUAAAACAUAUAAGAUAUUACAGAGACUAAUAAGCAUGGAUAUCCACAAAGGGAAGAGAAAUGGAACCAGCAAGGGAGCCGUUUCAUAGGAAUAGCCUACCAAGUACUACUAGGGGUAGUUCAUCAAUGAUACGUUUUCUCUUUUUAGUUAUCCUCCUGUAAAAGCUGUCACUCACAGGUAUAUACAUACAGGAUAUGGAUGAUUUGGAGAAGUUAUUCCAAAUAUUUUUGGAGGAUGAGCAACUUUGUAUAGAUUUUGCUAUAAAUGAAAAGGCAUCCAUUGUAUCUCCAGGGUCUCCAGAGCUUUACCUUAAAACUGUUGUACAGCAGCCUCAAAUUAGAAUAAAGGAGUGUACGGUUUAUCUCCGCAACUUCAAGACAAUGUCUGAAAAUGAAUUACAAAAGUGUGGAGUAUAUAAUUUAAGAAAAAAGCUCAGAGAAUAUGAGAAACUUGUAAAGUUGAAAAAGUCUGUUGUGGAAACUGAAAGUAAACUGAGGGGCAGUAGACGUGAAUCAUCAUUUAACAGAAGAGAGGCAAAAUCAGAGCACAAGUCAUUGCAUAAGGAAAAAUCAAGGUGUGAUGUCAAAAAGGAUAAACCAUCAAGAUAUCAUAACUCUUCUGAAUUAUCUAGGAAGAACAAAUUUUCUGGCUCUGAAUUUAAUAUUCUGACUUACAAGAUUAGUAGAUGUAAAGUGAAGAACUGUAAGUUUAAAGAAGUUUGCAUUGGUUAUCACAACUCCUCUGAUCGACGUCGGGAUCCUGCCGUACAUGUGUAUAGGCCAAUUCUGUGUAAGGACAUUAGUUAUGGAAGCUCAUCCAAGUGUCCCAAAGGUGAUACUUGUCCAUUGAGUCACAGCAGUUUUGAAGUUCGGUAUCACCCCAAUAUCUACAAAAUGUAUAACUGUAAAGCAUUUAAGGAAGGUUACUGUGAAAAAAGGGAGUUCUGUGAAUAUAUCCAUAAAUCAGGUGCAGAACCACUUCAUCUAGAACCAAAGGAAACUGAAAGUAAAAUCGAUAAAGUGAGUGUAGGUACUGUGGCUGUUGCAUCCUCUGUACACUUACAUAAUACUUUUGAAUCCCAAUCACAGAAAGGAACCUUUAAGACAGGGCACCCUUUUCAAGAAAUGCCAGUGAUGUGUGGUGAAGCUAUAUCUUCAGUAAGGUUAGGAGUGCCGCAGUUAGACUGCAACCAAACUUCAUUCAACAUCGAUACUAAUUUUAAAGAUAAUGCACCAGAUGAGCCAUCAUGUCUUGAUAAAACUUUGUCAUCAUUUGACGGUAAUAUGAUUUCUCUUCAUGAAACCCACUCUCAUUCUCCUAGGUCACCCUUGCGCAGGAAAAUUUCCAGUAAAAGAGAAAAGCUUUACCACUGCUCUGGAGAUGACCUCUUUUUCAGAUGCUUUGAAAGUCUGAUGAUUAUCAAGGACCUUUUAUGUGAAUUAGGUGAAUGGAUUUCACGUCUUUAUUCCAAAGCCAAGUCAGAGGGAGGGAGAAAUGAUUGUAUGGUAAAUUACCUUUCAACUAAAGAAAACACAAAUUUCCUGUACAAGAUUUACAAACUCUUAUCAUCUCUCAGUAAUUCAAAAGAAGCCAUUGAUAAUGUGAAAAUUAGAGAAUCUCGAGAAUUGGUGAAAAGGUUGUAUAGAAGAGUUAAGAGCUUACAAAGCAGGAAAUUGUAUUUAGGAUUAGACAUCAAUUCUCUUGCUGACCAAACUUUAGGUCAAAAUUAUGAGACCAUUUUUAAAAAUGUAUGGAAUACCUUGAAUGUUACAGGUAAACCAAAGGUUGAGAGUGUAGUUAUUACAAAUAUAUGUAAAAAAAUUGUAGAAAAGCAAAGUAAAAUUAAACUUUCUCAUUGCAAAAUACAUAAAAAUUCUAAAGAGGAAAUAUUGUGUAUAUCACAAGUGAAAGAUUGUUCAAAAAAGUCUUUAUCAGAUGGCAACUGUAAAGCAAAAAAGUAUGUAUCAAGUUAUAACCAAUCUAUGGAUAGUAGAAAUAACAGUAGAGUGAACUUAGUUGCAAAUGUUAGUAAUACUGCUGAAUUGUUGCCCUCUAAACAAGAAGCUGAAAAUUGGUUGGCGGCUGACGGUCAUGGUAAAGAAGUUUCUCAAGGAUGUUCUUCAAAUUUAAUAGGAGCUGAUGAAUUUAGUAAAAAGGUUUCCCUAGGGUUUUUAUCAAAAAGACGUGAGCAAACCAUCAAUGCUGAAGGAAGUUUUGUUCCAAAUCCCCCAUCAGGAAAUUAUCUUCAAACAUACAAAAGUGACAGGAUUUUAUCAAAACCUUGUCUAAAAGAUUCUGGAAAUUAUGCAGGGUUAAAGAAAGUGGUCUCAGUUUUGGAAACCUCCUCUGAAAAUGCACCAAAAAAACAAACUGUAUCUAAUGUUCCUGACACAAAUGAAGUCAUAAUUUCAGUAAUUAACAGUAAAACUGCAGGAGUGCAAGGUUCAUUUCCGUGUAAAGAAAAUAAUUUGAAAUAUGAAUUUAGAAAAUCUGUUGCUAAUCAUAUUCCGCCAAUGAGUCCUCCUGAAACAUUGCAAAAAGUAAAUAUUUCAAGCACUCAGUCUUGUAAAUCAUCAGUUGAAAAUGUUUCUACUGCAACCUUGAAGUGCAGUGACUCAGAUAAGUUGGUGUUUUUAAAUGAUGACGAAAAGGCUUUAAAUUCAGAAAUCCAAAGGACAGUAAAUAGUUACACAAUUUGUGGAGUCUCUAUAGAAAAGAUGAUACAAAGAUUUGUCACCGUAACUUCAGAUUUAACUUAUACCCAAGUAGCAGAUUAUAUUGAAAACUUUUUUAAGUGUGCAGACUCAAAUGUUGAUAGGAAAAUAUUCCUUUACAUUUGUCGAGAAGUUUGUAAUAGGCACAUAAAACAACAGAAAAACGAACUUUCCCAUGGACAAAAUGACCCAUUUACAAACAGUAACCAGAAGUACUCUAGUAUGGAAAGAAAUGUUAGUAGUUUUAGUGACAAAAUAGAAUUAUCUAGCAAGAAAGAGCUAUCAAAAAACCGUCUUCAAGAUGAUUAUGUAGAAAAUUUACAGGCCGAUUUAAAUAUACCUCUUCUUUUUCCUUCGUCAAAAAAAGAGAGAAAGAAAAAUAAGAGGAAAUGUGGUGAUGAAGAUCAGGUUAAUUUUUCAAAAAAUUCAAUAUCAAAGCUUGAAAUAUCUGAAGAUGAUAGAUUACGAAGUAAGGAAUGGGAAGCUCUUGAAAUCAGUGAACAUGAACUGUCUAGAGGUAGAAAAAACAGUCCCAUAUAUAUAUCAGAUUCUUCUGUCUGUGAUGUUAACGACUCUCCUGAUUCUUAUUGUAAAGACCCUCAGAUGAUUCCUGAUGUAGUCAUAUUGCCAAACUCCUCACUCAUUGAACGUAAGUCAUUUGAUUCUUCUGGAGAACCACAUAAACUAAGAUGUACAUUUUCUUCAAGACUUGAAAAAAGUUUAUUCCAAGUAGGACCUCACUAUUCAGCUGGUGUAAGUAAAAGAAAAAUUCCUGGUACUCCCUAUUAUGUAACUAAUGCAAAAAGAGCAAAAUCAUUAGACACAUUUGAAACAUACAAGUAUAUUACCAUUCCAUCAUCACCAGAAGAAAAUUUGGACUAAGGCAAUCUCUUUAGAUGUGUUUGUUCAUUGCAAAAUUAGAUCACACAAGUAGCCUUCUUCCUUGCAUUCAGUGGAUUGCUCUCUCUCUCUCAAAUUAACUAACUGUAAAGUACUUGAUAACAUAGGCUAGAAAUUAUAUUGAUUUAGUUUUGGCUAUGGAAUGAUAUCUUGAGUGCUCAAGUAUAGGUUUGUUAACUGCUGGCGAGUGAAAUUCUUAGCUAUAUAAUUACUGGGAGGUUGUGUAAUUUAAAUGAUAAUUUUGUGCAAUAAACAAGUCAGAAUUUCAAACAAAUAUAUGGUAAACUAAAGAAAUCUUACAUACAUAUCUUCAUCAGCUGUUCUUGUAAAGUAUAUCAUCAAGCUUGUGAAUUAAAUGUCUUAAGUUGGAAAUGUUUUGGCCCUCUUCACAUAAAAUAUUUGAGACUUUGCAUGAAUCUGGAAUCAUUGACUCAUACAUACUGAUCCCAUUGGUCUUGGAAAAGCAUCUAGGUCAUGAGUCUUCCCAGCCCUUUCAGACUCCCAGCCAGUCUUUGGCCAGGAAGGGAGGAGGUUCCUGAAGGUAGCUCCAUUGGUCAAAACAGCAUCUUGCCAUAUGUUUAAAGUGGUGAAAGGUUUAAUGACAUACUCUUUUCUUCCUUCUGUCACCUUCCUCCCAGCAGCUUACAACGCUAUUCUUGUUAAUUGGGCCAAGUGCAGAUGAAUCACUCAGCAGAGCUUCCAGUCUCUUGACUUAUUAGUUUGUGGAUGUGACUCCUUGCCCAUGAAUGGUGGGGGCCCACGUGGUGAAGCAAAUGAAUCUUGGAUUUUACAGUAAUAUUUUACCCUCUAAGCUGGUCGUCCCUUCUUAGGCUGUUUUAUGUGAGUUGUUCUUUUAUAAGUUUGAAUUUUAUCAGCUUUAGCUCUUCUCUUAUAACCAGCCCAUAAUCAUAGUUUCUCUAUUUUUGACUGUUAUUAUUUUUAGUUCAAAGAGGUUCUACCAUCUUCUCCAGACUUACAGAACAUGUCACUUUUUAUGUGCCUUCCAGUCUCUUAAGACAUCAUGCUGUAGCCAGUCAUAAUUUUUUAGCUUUGUUUUGCCACUAUAAUUUGUGAACUCAAGAACAUACCCUUUAUGCCAGCCCCUUAAAAGCUAAGAUUUGCAUUUCACCUGACUGGUAAAACUACUUUUUAUAACCAACUAAAAUCCUACCAUUGGACUAAGACUGAUCCUGUGAAUGCUUAAGCUUGCAAGGUGAAAUCCCAGACAUUUAUGAAGGCUACUCCUUUGGCUUUCUUGACCAGUUCAACUUGAACUACCAAGACCUCUUUGUGAAUCUUUGAGAGAACCUUUAUUCAUCCUGCAGUUUUCUAUGUUUUGCUAUUGUAAGACUUACGAAUUUUACAAGCAUAUUAGAGAACAGGAACAUCCUUAUAAUUUAGAACUUGAUCCAACUACCUAGUCAUGUAAAAUACUAUAAAACACGGUGAAGAGCUAAUAUUUUUGUCAUACUCCUGUAGCUAACAUAUGUACUAAUAGAUAUAGUAUUUGUUUUUAAAGAUAUGGAUUUAUUUUUUUAGCAUGGGUAUUUAAUGUGUUUUCAUUUAAGUUAUGCACAAAACAUUUUUAUGAGAUAAAUAAAUUGUAGCUUGCAGCACAUUUUAUUUAAUUUUGUAUAUAAUCCUAAACAAACUAUUUUUGUGUAAAUAUUUAUAGUGCAUAAUGUUAUCAUAAGCUAUGUUGUGUGACAUGAAUAGUCAGCAAAGUUUUUCAUGAGGAACUGUGUAUUGGACCCCUGCUUUGUGAUAUAUAAUACAGGUAUACAUUGUUUUGAAUACUAUUUAGUAUUAGCAUUUAGUAUUAAGGAGUAUCAAUGCAAGAGGGCUUUGAUUUUAAACAUUCAUUUCAAAUUAUGAAAUAUACUGCAUUUAUUUUUUAUUUUUUUUACUGUUAAACCAUUUUCACAAACAGUGGUGGCUCCAGAAAAAAUGAUAAGCCAUUGUCACAUACAUAACUGCUAAAUUGGAGAUGAACUAUCUUUCUAAAAACCCACAACAUUAGCUGCUUCAUAUCUUUACAUAGAAAGCUCAACAGAUCAAACUAUCCAACACUGCCAUUCAGCUGUUCUUGUGUUUAUUGUUGAACUUUCUGAAUAUUAAUGCUCUUCUUGUUAUAGUGUCGCUUUCUCAACAUCUCCCAACCAAUUGCUUUGUUUUCUUUACCUUAUCCUUCCUGACACUUCUGAAAUACUUUACAGGUAUCCCCUACCUCUCAUUAUCUAAAUUUCUUCUAGACCUAGCCAUCUCAAAUCAGGAUUUGACGCAGGGAAAACCGAUUUGUGGUAGUUGCUGUUGAGUCCUUAUUUAGUUACCCUUUCCAUGGUCUAACUAGACGAAUAUCAAAGAAUUCUCUUUUAGCUGGUCUUGUGGCUGGGUAGUGUGAGGUAAUGAUAAAAAUUAUAACACAUGUUGGAGUUUAAAUGGACUCAGAAUAAGAGGGCACUUUCUCUUAUCCUCAGCAAAUGCUGAACCCAGUUUACCUUCGUCAAAACACCCACAAGAACAACUGACCAUGCGCAUAUGUGAUGUCAUAUUGUUUACAUACGACCAGAAGCAGACCAAAACACCAUUACUUUCUGUUGGUCAAUGCAGGAUGAUCCCUUACCCAAAUCCCUUGCCUUUUGUCUGGGAAGUGAGAGGGUCGUGAGGACUCAACAGCCACUACCAGAAAUACGUUUUGCUACUUCAAAACCUGUUUUUUUUUUUUUUUUUUUUUUUUUUUUUUUUUUUUUUUUUUAUAGUGUAGUUGCUCCUCCUCAAGGAGCUUUACAAAGAAAUUGGCAGGUGACGAAAAACUCUCGAAUUUGUAUCCCAACAACCCAAAACAUUUCUGGUCUGAGGUCAAGCCACAGUAGCAAAGAACAAGAAGCUAAAUGUGAACUUAUGUUUUUAGGGUGAAGUUUUGCUGUGACUUACCUAAGCAUUCUGGGUAUGGUUGCAGUAUUGUCAAACCUUCCCUUGUGAUAGUUUACAUACCCACCUGUUAGGAAAAACUAUGGUUUGCCACUGUAACGCCUGUGGGUCAGGACUAACCAUGCCACCUACCGAUAGUGUAGUCAGAUUUGUUCAGGCUCUUGGCAGUAUAAUGUUGUCUUCAAAAGGGCUAAGAAAAUUUAAAAGUGUUUCCUUAGAAACAGAUAUAAUCUAACCACAUCUUCCAUACAGAUAUAAUCUAACCAUAUCUUCCAUACAAAAUGGUAUUGCCAGAUAUAUAAAGUGAUUUUUCCACUAAGUACCUAGCAAUUUUGGGCAAGUAACUUUCACAGUAGAUAUUUUUUUAAAUCCACCCCCGUGAAGGUGUCUGCUCAGAAAGGAGGAUCCGUAAACGACUCUCUCUUCUACUGACUGGGAUAAAACGGCCGAUAGUACGUAGUUGAAUUUAUCUCUUUGCCUGUUGUUAAAGUAAUAGGAACCAAUUCCUGUUUGACCAAUUCGGGUCUAUUAAGUAAGCUGUUCCUUUGAAGGUUAGGAGUUUGCUUAACACCUUCGAAAUCUGGAACAAUGGAGGAAAAAGGUACAGUGGACCCCCCGUAUUCGCGUUCUCCGAAUUCGCGGACUCACACAUUCGCGGAUUUCUCUCGGGAACGUUUCCCGCAUUAUUCGCGGAAAAUUCGCGCAUUCGCGGUAUUUUUCUAUGAGAAAUAUCCACAAAUUCCUGGUUUUUUUUAUCAAUUUCAUCAUAAAAUGCACUUUUUGUGAUAAAACUAUUAAAAAAACCAAGUAUGAACAUUUUUAGUGUUUUUUCUUGAGUUUUAACUAACAAAAUAGGCUGUUUUUAGCAUUUUUAUAGGGGUUCCAAACAUUCGCGGGUUCUAACUAUUCACGGGGGGUCUGGUACGCAUCCCCCGCGAAUACGGGGGGACCACUGUAUAUUGUCCUCCAUUUGUUCCAAUCUUGUAGGAAGGCAUCUCUUGCUGUUGCUUGACUGGCAGUUAGUGAUUCUCAUAGGUAGUGAUCAGGUCCACUUCCAAUUGUGGAAGCAUGUUGGCUAUUUUCUGAAAAACAUUGUUGUCUAACAUCCACUCUGUUGAGGCUGUUGUUUUCCUUGAUAGGGAGUCUACUAUUACAUUUAGAGACCUUGUAAGGUGAAUUGCAGACAAGUGCCACCUCCUUGCUUAGAACCAACCAAUUGUCUCUCUCUUCUGGAGGUUUGAGUUUUUUGAGAGACAGAAGGACAGCCGUCACCUCCAGGAGAUUGAUAUGACAAUUCCUCACAGUAGCUGACACCUCCCUUCCACCUGACAAUCCUCCCAGUGUCCUCCUAACCUGUCAACGAGACAUCUCUGUGUAUUAUCACUUGUACAGACUGAGUCAGGGUGACCUGUUUUGCCAGAGAUUCCUUCCAAGAUCAAGGCUAAAGAAUCUCUCCAACUUUUUUAAUCUUUUGAUGAGGUCAGUCUCUUGUCUUGUUUCUUGCAUACGAUAGCCAGAAUUUGUUCACAUUCUUUUGCAAUCUAAGUAUUGGAUCUAUUAUUGAUGUGAAUUGCAACACACCCAUCAUAUGUUCUAAUUGCUGUUUGGAAACUGGUCUGUGCAAGGCACACUUUGAGGACUUGCCUUAUUCUGUUUUGAGUAUGAUUGGGAGAGACAACAGGCUGACCACUGCUGUUUGGUAGGCUAUUAGGUGUAUUCUUGAUUUCUCGAACAACUACCGUUACUAAUUUUGUAUAAUUUCUUAGGGCAAUGUGUAGCCCUAAGGGCAUGACUUUGAACCUGUACAUAUCUUUCCCUAAGAAGGGGCGGAAGGGAAUGGCGACAAAGAUAUACCAGUAUGCAUCUUCCAGAUCCUAGUUGUCCAAGUACAAGUACCUUUUGGAACGAUUGAACGUACUAGGGCAGCGGUAGUUAUCCAGAAAAUAUGGCAAACAAUGGGCUUGUUCAAUGUUCAUAGGUCUAGGAUCACUUCAUUUAGAGGAAUCCUUACUUGAAGAGAUGUGCUUGGUGGCAAAUAUGCACGUUUCUCUGACUUCCUUUAACAGGGCCUUUCUGCGCACAACCUUCCAGAGAGGGGUCUAAUUUUGGGAAGAACCUUUUUACAGGAGCGGGAGGGAUGGUACCAUUUCCACCCCAUCACAUUUGAAAAUAAUGCUGUGCCACCAAGGGGAAGGCUUCCAUUGCUUGUGGUCUGUCGACUCUCAACCAUACCAUUCCUAUUGGUAUCUGCCGCUUCCUCUGCUUUUGCUCAGGUGUUGUUUUUCUUUUUCAUAUAAGACAGUCUUUGGACCUUGUGAAAAAGAUAUCCUUGCUGUUGUUGUUGACCCUGUCUUUGAGGAAAACUUUUGGGGUGACUGAAGGCUUACAGGAUCACUUAUCAUAGCGAGCCUUUUUGGUUUUUUGUUUCCUUAAUUCCCCCUCCCCCCCUUUUUUUUCUCUCUCCAAAAGAGGGUACUCUGUACAAUUAUGUUGGUGGGCUUGCUGGUUAACUUUUUUAACCACAUUAGACUCCUCAAACAGAUCCUUACAGAAGGGGUUAUUAUGUAAUAGUGAAGUUAAAUUGUGACGUGACUUGUUGGAGUUCUCCAAUGUAUCCAUUCGCGCUUUUAUGCGCCACACUAAAAAAUUAUAGAAUGCUUGCCAUAGGGUUCUCAUAAGACUUUUGGCUACAACAGCAACAAUUGUUCUGGAAGCUUAUAUAAGCCUUUUGGUGGUGACCUCCAGCAGGGUUGUAGAGUUAUAAUACUAAACAGGUGGAUCCCAGUAUGAAAUUCUGCGGAGGAUGUUGAGUGUCUUCUCAUAGGGGCCCUAAAUUGCUGUGUAUCUAUAUAUAAAGGAAGCUUUUCCCCUUCAGAAGGGAGUCGUAGCAUUGCCCAUUCCUUGGUGGAGUUUUCUGAAACUGGGAUUACAAUGGCAAAUGCUUUUAAUUCUUCCAUUUUCGCUGGUCUUUUAGUCAUUAGGACAAAAUUCUGAAAAUGUAGCCUUAGUAAUAGGCUACCAUACCGUUACAAGCCUUAAGUUGUAGAAACUGGCAAAUGGUUUUAAUUCUACCACUGUCUGGUCUUAUAGUCAUUAGGACAAAAUUCUGAAAAUGUAGCCUUACCAAUAGGCUGCCAUAUCGUUAUCAGCCUCUAGUUGUAAAAACUAGGUUAUUUUAUUAAGCCUAAUAUAUUGUUUACUAAUCCUAGGCUAUUUGGACUAAACUACCACUUAGAAGACCAACAAUAGGACGUUUCCUAAAUUGUUCUCUCUUAGCCUAGUAUAAGGUAUUAACAUAUCCAGAUUGUAUUGUAAACAAUAUGACGUGCAUGUGUGCAUAGCCACUUCUUGGGUUUUUUUACAUAGGUAAACUGAGUACAGCAUUCAAUGAGGAUAAGAGAAAGUGCCCUCUUAUCCUGAGUCUUAUACUCCAUCACGUGUUGUACAUAAUGUUGAUCAUUAUACAUGAUACCUGGCCACAAGACCAGCCAAAAGAGAAUUCUUUGACAUUAGACUGGUCACUAUGAGCUCUGGUUAGACCAUGGAAAGGGUCGCCUUUAGGAUAAGAAGGCGCUAUAUUAUAAAAAAAAAAAAAAAAUACUGUUAACUGAUCCAUCAUUUCAAAUACAUAAACUUUUUUUUAACACUUUCAAAUGUUAUUUUUUCUUAUGACAUACAUAUUACACACACAAAAACUUAUAUUAAUUUUUACCUUUUUUUUUUUUUAUUUUUUUUUUAUAGCCUCUUUUU